CAUCUGGUCACCUUUGUGAUGUAUGCCCGGCAAAACAUCGCAAUUUUUGUCAUUUCUCGGCGUCUUGUUUUUAAAUGGUUGUGAAAUUUUGCGCGUAUUAUUAAAAAUGUCCACUAUUGAUAAAUUGUCUAUUCAGGGUAUUCGUAGUUUUGGUUCGAAUUCGGAGGAUGUUCAGACGAUAACAUUUGCCUCGCCGGUCACGUUGCUCUUGGGAGAGAAUGGUUGCGGCAAGACAACUGUAAUUGAGUGCCUCAAAUAUGGUCUUACUGGAGAAGUACCGCCUGGCAGUGAUCGUGGUCGAAGCUUUGUACAUGAUCCAAAAAUAUUCCAUCAAGCCGGCACAUUGGGUCAAGUUAAAUUGGAGGUUAGCAACCUCCAAGGAAAACGUAUAUCGGUUUGUCGUUCGAUGAAGAUAUCUAACAAAAGGGGCAAGUAUUCAUUUGAAACGUUAGAUGCCACUAUGAACUAUAUAGAAGGCAAAGGCGAUGGCAAAGGUUCCACGAAUUCCAUUAGCAAGCGUUGUGUUGAUGUCGAUGUGGCUAUGUGUCAAUUUAUGGGUGUAUCCAAAGCUAUUAUUAACAAUGUGUUAUUCUGUCAUCAAGAGGAUUCAAGUUGGCCGUUGGAUGAGUCGAAAAAAUUAAAAGAGAAGUUCGAUGCUAUUUUUGGUAUAACAGAGUUCAACAAAACAAUCGAAAGGAUCAUAAAAAUGCGUAAAGAGGAAGCUGAUAAUUUAAAAGUUAAAGUCUUUAAAAUUGUGAAAUAUCUUACAGAGGCAGACUUACGCCUUCUUGCGCACUUGAAGCAAGAAAUGGAUGAUAAGUCACUGACUCUAAAAAAGGCACAAGAGAAGUGCGCUGCUAUAGAAAAAGAGUGUGAGCGUUGCGAGGAAGAAAUGAAGCCAAUCGAUACUCGUUUAUUAGAAAUUCGCAAUGUUGAGUAUGAGGUGGGCAAGUAUCAGGCGCAAAAAGUAGAAGUGGAAACUGAACAAAAGAACUGUCAGGAACAGAUAUUGGGUUUGAGUAGCAAUAUAAAAGUGCCAUUUGAGGGUAGUCGAGAAGAAUUAGAGCAGGAAAUUUCUGAUUUCGCUCAGAAAAUGCUUGAAAAACGUCAACGACGCAAUGUUCUAGAUAAAAAGGUAAACAAUUUGAAGGUAGAAGAAAAAACGCUGCAAAAGAGAUAUACUGAUUUGGAUAAGAAACGCAUUCUGCUGAUGCAGCAGCGUCAAAAGGAACAAGAAUGUAUUUCCAAGCGCGCUGAGCAGUUAAAAACGCUCUGUCAACACUUAGGGAUCACACUCACCGAUGAUCUAGAAUUUCAGCCUGAAAGUGUACCAGGUGUAUUAGAAAAAGUAGAAAACUCAUUGGUCAAUAAGGAGUGUGAUAUUGCUGGGACCGUUGCACAAACGGAUCAAGAAGAUCGUGAGCGGCAAUCAGAAAUAGAUGCACAACGCGUUGAACUUACUAAAGUCGAAGAGGGAAUCGUGGCGCAUGAAAAACAAAAAAAGUUAAAUGAAAAGGAAUUAGAAGCAAUCACGAAAGAGAUUGCUGAAAUAGAAACUUCUGCGCGGCGCAUUAAAAUACUAUCGGACAAUAUAGACCGCCUGAUGAAAAUGAUGGAUGAAAUGAAUGGAAAAUGUAAUCAGGAAACAAUGAGAACUGACAUAGCUGAAAAUAAAGCCAGAAUUGUAAAGCUACAGGAUCAAUUUCGUGAAUUAGAUGAGCGGCUAACUAAAUUGAAUAUGAUGUCCAAAUUAAUGGCCGAAAUCUCAUUAAAGCAAAAGGAGUUAGAAAAGAAAGAACAGGAUGUACGGCGUGUAAAAGGUAAACACGCAGAUAAUUUUAAGAAACUGCUUAAUAGGCCCGUCGAGUCUAACUAUAGACGCGCAAUGCAACUAUGUGGCGAGAAGUUGCGCGACAACAUCAAAGAACUGAAUGCAAAGUCAAACAAAUUGCAACUAGAGCAACAGUCGUUCGAGAUAAAACGGAAGAGUUUGAAAACCGAGCUGCUUAAGCUCGAAAAGGAAUUAGAGGAGGCAAAGGAAAAAGUUUACGAGGCAUGUCAUGCGGCAUCAUAUGAAGAUACGCUGGCCAAAAGUAAGGCCACCAUGUUGAAAUAUCAAUUGGAGCACGGCGCAUUACUAUCAGCGGAGGCCAUGUAUAAAAGAUAUAUAGAGAAAGUCGCGGAAGAUCCAUGUUGUCCGCUAUGUCAUAAGGAUAUGACCAGUAAUGAAGCUACUGAUAUCACAAUGGAACUAUCGGAUGAGAUAAAUCGCUUGCCAGAGAACAUAAAACGCACUGAAAAGUUAUUGAAAGCAGAACAAAAGAAAUAUGAAAAUUUGUUGCAAAUAAAAUCGGUAGUAGAAACAGUUGCAAAACUAGAAGUAGAUAUUCCCAAAAAAAAGAAAGAACUCGCAAGCUUCGAGGAAAAAUUAGCCAAGUGUGUUGAAGAUAGUGAAUCACUACAAAUGCUGCUGGCCGAGCCGACUACCUCGCUGGAGUUGGCUGAUUCAAUGAUGGGUGAUGUUUCGCUGCUGGAUGAGGCAAUGAAGGAAGUCACGCGUCUAAAGAAUGAUAUAGUACAGUUGAAUGCCAAGCUACCGGCAGAUUUUGAGUCGGAUGCUAACUUAGAUGAUCUGCAAAUGAUCAAGUCUAGCAUAUCGGAGGAACUUGAUGCAGAGCGUCAUACACUGGAGGAGAAGCAGACGAAUCUUGAGAAGAUUGUGAAUGCCUUGAACAAGAUGCAGGAGCAGAAAAAUGCUUAUCAAGACGAGCGUAUAAAAUUGCAAGAAGGGCAGCAAUCAUUGACACAACUGCAAGAGCGUCAGGCUGAGUUGAAAAAUUUAAUUGAAAGCAAUAUUACAGAAAUUAAGCAGUUAAAAACUAAACUGCCUACCUUGAAGCAAAAGUUAAAUGCAUUGAGUGUCGAGAAGAACCGCCUUUUGGAAGCAUCGCGUAAGCGGGUGGCCAAAAUGCAAACCGAAUUAAAUUCUUAUAAAAAAAUGGAUCAUGAUAUUCAGAGAUUAAAUAACGAAGUGAUUGACUUUCAAUUGCUAAACUUAAGCUGCGAAAUCGCUGAUUUGAAAGAAUCGAUUAAAACGUGCAAAGCAGAGGUAGAAGCAAAGGCUGAAGAGAUUUCCAAAACAUCUAAUGAGCUCGAGGCGAUUAAAACGGAAUGUUCGCAGCAGGAAACUCUGGAACGCGACUUGAAGGAUAACCGCGAAUUGAAAUUAUUACAAGAGAAAAAGAUCGGUAUUGAUGUGAGGGUUGAAGCUUUAGCCAAGCAAUUGGGAAAAAUGGAUUUCCCUAAACUGUCACAGGAAAAGAAUACGUUGAUAAAGCAACGUGAAAAGGGUACUGUUCGCAAGGGAGAGCUGCUUGGCAAAAUUGGCGAGGUUAGAAACCAAGUUAAAAAGUUAGAGAGCGAGAUAAAUGAGCCAAAAUUCAAGGACUCACUUGAAAACUAUCGUCGUGCUUUCUACGAAGUGGGCACCUCACGUCAGUUAAUAAAGGAUCUUGGCGAGAGUAGAGUCAGCUUGGAAUGGUCAUUAAUGAAGUUUCAUGCCGAAAAAAUGGAACGCAUUAAUCGUCUCAUACGUGAGUAUUGGCGUCUUAUCUACCGUGGUAACGACAUUGACUACAUACAAAUACAAACUGAUGAAGUUGAUUUGAAUGCGAAUGCCGAUCGUCGGCGCAACUAUAAUUAUCGUGUUGUACAAUCGAAAAAUAGCUCGGAAAUUGAAAUGCGUGGCCGCUGUAGUGCUGGUCAGCGUGUGCUUGCCUCAUUAAUUAUACGCAUGGCAUUGGCGGAAACGUUCAGCAGUAAUUGUGGUGUAUUAGCUUUGGAUGAGCCGACCACCAACUUGGAUCGUAAUAAUAUACUUUCGCUGUGUGAAGCAUUGAAUCGUAUAGUAGACGAAAGGCGUAUGCAGUCGAAUUUCAUGUUGAUCAUUAUUACGCAUGACGAUGAUUUUAUCUCUACUCUGGGCAAAAUAAAUAUUUAUCACCGCGUAUUUCGUAAUGAUGAAGGCAAAUCUGUUAUACGCAAAGUUAAAGUGUAGGUGCCAGAAGAAGAAGAUAAGUUCAUAUUUUUCCAAAUUCAAAUAUUAGAUAUACUCUUUUUUUUAAAUACAUAUACCCACAAAUAUUUGAAACUAAAUUAUUAUAUAUUUUAUCUGUGAAAACGUACGCUACGCGUUGCUUCAAGUAAACAAGUAAAUUUAUGGCAAAGUUGGAGAGUUUUCCUAAACUCAAAAUAUUGAAAAACCAUUAACUCUAAAGUAUAUUUCUAACAUAAUUUAAUAGCUCAGAAAAAAAAAUUUGCACCUUUUGCGAUUUUAGUUACGUUUUCCAUUUACUCCCUACACAAAAUACUCAACGUUUUUGGUCUUUUGAUUUAUGAUUUCUACUCUGAAAUAAAUAAACGUGUCAUAUAUCCAGAGUGAGUGGUCUUCAUAGAAUAUAAACAGAGUUAGUACUAAUAUGGGUGAUCCAUUUGUUUGAAAAUCUUUGGAGAGACUUAACUGAUGCUCAACGAGACGAUAUAAAUUUAUUGCCUAUUGAUUUUUGGCAUUCCUAAACACUAAGAGGAACUUAUGAUAUUAACUACUUUAUUUUAUAUAUAUAUAAUUACGAGUCCCUAAGUGAAAUAUUAAUGUUGAGCACUGAAUAAAUAUACACUACAUAUGAUUAAAAGUUAUAAUGUGUUUAAGAAAUAUAUGUUAUUAUCUGAGUGGUCGACACUCAUCGGUAACUUUUCGGGAUCCAAGCGUAGCUAAGCGCAAUAUCCGCAGGAUCAUCAACGCAAUAGCCGCCUGCUUCAUGCCAGCUGGCAGUAUUGCCAAAAUCUGCUCAGACUACCCCACAGAAGUGGCGGGACUCUCAAGACCUGCAGUCUCUCAAGCGGAGCAAGCAAAUUGUGGACCACAGUCAAGUUUCUCUCCAAUUCGACGAAGCGUGUCCUUACUUUUGGCACCACCACAAUGUCGGAUCCAUAGUCGUGGGUGCGCUUCUUCAGCCGGCAAUUCAUUGCUCACCCAGAUAGAGACAAAACCCGCCGCACUAUCCUGCGUAAGGCACCCGAACACCGCCCCCGAGAAACCUCUACGUGCUUUACCUCAGAAGAGACACAGGUGGCUGUCAACAACGCCAAGUAUUUAAGGCUUUCGGCUCGGUGGAUAACCAGCUAUCUGUGUGAUCAACCGAAUUUCGUACCGCCGCGUAGAAUUAAACAGGGAGUUCCUCAAGGUGGCGUAAUCUCCCGGACGCUGUUUAAUCUCCACAUAAGCACCGACCACGGUCCCAAAAGUCAAUUGCUCUUGCGAUAUCAUAACCGGUGAUCUCACUGAAAUGUUGAGCUUCUUCUCUGUAAGGAAUCUCAAAAUUUCCGCCGUGAAAUCUGCCUU